UUAUUAUUAUUAUUAUUAUUAUUAUUAUCAAUAUUACUUUUAAUAAGAAUCAAUUACAAAAGAACCUUGACGUUUUGAUAAAGAUAACAGGAAGCCAUUGAAACCUUUUCUUUCUUUUAUAUCGUCUAUUUUUGUUUUAUAAUCAAUUUUGUCAUUACAAUGUAUUACGGUGGCUCAAUAGGAUUUACAAAAGGUCAGCUAACAUGAGUGCAAUGUUAUAACGUGGAAUGACUGUUAAUGAUACCUAGUACCAUGCAAAUCUGAUGAAAUUCCUUCAUAAAUCCAACAUAAAAGCUUAAACUGUGAUUUUAAGAGGUUCUGAUUUGCUCAUGCUGGGAAAAAGUGCUAAAAAUCGGCCACAAAAUGUGUCCAAAGUUUGCUUUAAAAUAUACGUGGAAUGUUGCAAAUAUCUCUUAAACUAUAGAAGAUAAUGAGUUGAGACUUUCACUUUGUAUUUGUCUUAAGUUUUUCUUUCAAAUUCUCCUUUUUUGGGGUUAACACUGCGCAUGAACAAAAAGCGCAUUUUGUUACGUCAUCUGUUGUAACGUCACAAAAAUGAAAUUUGAGAUUUCAAAUCUGACAAGUUCUUCAAUUUUAUGUGCACUAUAUUUCUGCAAAGUAUCACACUUUCAGGUUUAAUUCUCUUGGAGGAGAAGUCUUUGGGAGUUUUGAUUUUUUAAUUGGCCACAAGAAGGUCACGUGACUAUUUACCAACUAAACGCCUAAAAUUUUCCUGGAGUCAAGUAUUGUUGCCUGUAUUAAUUUCGGUGUCAUGCCUUUAAAGGAAAGGAAGUUAAAGCCUCAAAAACUCCAAAAAUGUUUGUGCCUAUCACGCCCCCGUUCAAUCUUUUUGCCGAUUUUUACCACCUUUUUUCCCAGCGUGCGCGCUAAUUAACUUAUUUUCCAACAUUGAUUAUAAUUUUCUCCAUUCUUAAAGAUCCAAAACGAAAAGUUCCAAGAAGACGGCAAUCAAGACGGCGUCUACCUCCCCGACGAGCGAGAAAGCAACGUGGGCGUGGACGAGGGCGCAGAGGUAGAGGCGGUAGUAUACGCAGGCGUGUUUCAAGAGGUAAACUCGGACGGAGGAGCGGGCGUGGUCAGGGACGCCAAGGCGGAAGUGUACGUGGGCGUGGACGUAGACGUGGACGCACCCGUGGAAGUGUUGGUAGGAGAGGACGCAGG